AUGGACAAUCUGGAUGUCUCCUGGUCGGAGCCCAGGUUGCUUCUCCAGGCAGCAGCAGCAGUGCUCAACGUGAGCCGGACUAAGGACACAGAGCUUGGGAUGUCCAAGAGGACUCAGCUGGUCCUGGAGAUUCUCAUGGUGGUGAUGUGUUUGGGUGCUGUGACAGGUAAUAUUCUUGUCAUUGUUAUUGUGGCUGCAACCAAGACUUUCCACUCAGUGACAUCAGUGCUCAUCAUGAACCUGGCCAUCAGCGACCUCCUGGUGGGCAUCGGAGUCAUGCCUUUUGUUGCUCUGUCCAUCAUGAACCGUGGAUGGGUGGAAUGUAAUGACCUCUGCUUGUACGUGGGUUACACCUCCUCUGUGUACUGUACAGCCUCUGUACUGACUCUAGCUGCUAUUGCCCUUGACCGCUACCACUCCAUCAUAGACUGUCUGCGCUACAGCUCCCGCUGCACCCUGUGGAGGAUCUGUGCUGUGGUGCUGUGGAUCUGGCUGCAGGCCUUGGCCACCAGCAGCCCUCCACUGUUGGGCUGGAGCUCCGUCAGCUAUGUGGUUCCAAUGUAUAGCUGUGCAGUUAACUGGGCCAGCAGUCCCAGCUACACCGCUUUCAUGGCUGCACUCUGCUACGUCAUACCUGCAGUGGUCAUCCUCUUCUGCUAUGUGAACAUUGUGAAGGUGGCCCGCAGCCAUGCCAGGAGGAUUCAUACAUUGGAGGACUCUGUCCAGCGCAGCAGGAACCUCAGCUCUGCCUUUCCUCCUGGUGAUUCAUCUCACCAGCACUGUGAGAGCCAACACAGCCCCUCCACACUGAUCUAUCACAACACCUCCCAGCCAUCUCUGCAGAACUCCCAGCAGCACAACCACGGUGUGGUGCGUCUCUUCCUGGUCAUCUCAGCCUUCUUCCUCUGCUGGACACCUUACAUAGGCGUAGCCCUGAUUCAGGCCACAGAAACUGCUAUUUCAGGCCAAUCCAACCUUGUCCCCCCCUCUGCUGUUACCUUUUCUUACUGGCUGGUGUUGCUGAACUCUGAUAUCAAUCCUUUACUGUACGCUCUGCUUAGCAAGCGUUUCCAGAACGCUCUGCAGGGACUCAGGCAAAAAAUAAGAGCUCGUCUGGGGAGAGUGGUGGGCAGGGCUGGGGAGGUCAGAGCGGAGGGGGAUGACGGCAGGAGCAGCGAUCCCUGCUCUCUGACCAACACCCAUCCCAGUCCGCCCACCAGCUCAGAGAGUGUGACCAGCGACAGCUCAAAGAUGAACAGAGAGAGGCAUUGUGUGAAAGCUUCUUCAGCUCAGAUUGAUCCUCAGACGUCCAGACAGGUCCCCUUCACACCAGAUGAGCCCAUCGGGUUCCGCAGCUCCGGGACAUCAAAGGUGUGA